AUGUCCACGGCGACUGAGUCCCGUCGUCGCCCCAACAUAUGGUCUUACAUCAGUUUUGGUUCACAGCGUCGCCGCUCGGUCUCACUGCCCAAGCCCAACGGGCACUCGCAAGAAGAUAAAGACGAAGCCUUGAGGCGAGAGAUUUGGGGUGACGGUCGAUCACGGAGCACGUCAAAUGUUACAUCCAUGGCAUUCGGUCAAAGAUCCAAGAUUUUAAGAGUUGGCGUAGUAUUAGCAGUCAUUUUCUUCUUUUACUAUAUAGUUACAUCUAAUGAUAGCGCUGGCGUUCGGGAUCUAGUCAAAGGUCCGAAACUUGCCGAUAAAACACCUUCGUCAAACGCAUCGACUGAAGAAGUUGCCUUCAAUUCGCUGAGGACGACGAAGUGCUCGAAGUCCGCCGUAAAAGGGAAGCCUCUAAUACAAUAUGCUUUAAUGAUAGAUGCGGGUAGCACGGGUUCCAGGAUACAUGUCUACCGCUUUAAUAAUUGUGGAGCGACUCCAGAAUUAGAAGGAGAGAAGUUCAAGAUGACAGAGAAGAAAGAAGGCGGUUCGGGACUCUCCUCAUAUGCGCUCGACCCUGAAGAAGCCGCCAAAAGCCUCGACAUACUUGUGAAUGUAGCGAUGGAACAUGUGGCGGAUGAAGUGAAGUCCUGCACUCCCAUAGCCGUGAAGGCGACUGCUGGACUGCGAAAAUUAGGAGAAGAGAAAAGUGCUACGAUACUCAACACUGUAAGGUCUCGUCUUGAAACAAAAUACCCCUUCCCCGUUGUUUCUGCAGCGAAUGGUGGCGUCGAAGUAAUGGACGGGAAAGAUGAAGGUGUCUAUGCUUGGAUCACGACAAAUUACCUACUUGGCAAGAUUGGGGGUCCAGACAAGUCUCCUACAGCUGCUGUCUUCGACCUUGGUGGAGGAAGCACUCAGAUUGUAUUUGAACCGACGUUUCCCAUAGCCGGGGGUGGGAUGCCCGAUACGUUACAAGAGGGCGAUCACAAAUACGUUUUCAAAAGCGGUGCCCAGACUCACGAGCUGUACCAGCACUCUCAUCUUGGGUACGGUCUUAUGGCUGCACGCGAAAGUAUUCAUAAGUUUGUUGUGCAGACGCUCAAAGAUACUCACAAAGACGACGACUCUUGGGUUGAGUCUCCAAUUGAAAAUCCUUGUGUAAUCCCUGGAAUGUCUAGACAGAUCAAUGUCACUCUUGAUACCAAAGAAACAUACCAGACUACCAUGGUCGGUCCGCGCGAAGCGUCGCCAGCUCAGUGCCGAGGCCUGGCGGAAAAGCUUCUCCAGAAAGAUGCUUCGUGCUCCCUGGCUCCAUGCUCAUUCAAUGGCGUGCAUCAACCGUCUCUGUCGAAGACAUUCGCUAGAGAAGAUGUCUAUGUCUUUAGCUACUUCUACGAUCGUACACAACCCCUAGGAAUGCCAGAAAGCUUCACAAUUAGCGAGCUUAGGGAUCUGGCAGCAAAAGUGUGCGGCGGUGAGAAGAGUGGCGCGUGGAAGGCUUUCGAAGGCAUUGAGGGAGCAAUGGACGAGCUAAGAGACAGGCCAGAAGGCUGCUUAGAUCUAAGCUUCAUGGUCGCGCUUCUUCAUACUGGAUACGAUAUGAAUCUGCAGCGUGAAGUGAAGAUUGCAAAGAAGAUUGCAGGCAAUGAGUUGGGCUGGUGUCUGGGUGCGAGUCUUCCACUUUUGAAUCAAGACUCGGGAUGGACUUGCAAAGUUGCUCAAGGUCUCGCUCGACAAUUUUCUGCAGCUGUCCUUGGAACCCAAAUCAAUGCCGUCUACCACACAUCUCUUGUCUUUGGAGGAAUAGAGUACUAUUUUGGAGCCGGUAUUCAGACUUCCGCUCCGGGCUCGACUCAUCAUGGACAGCCAAUAGAGAACGUGUCUAUGGGACAGACAGAGUUGCCUAUCGAGGUAAUUGUAGAGUAUCUUGACUCACUAAAGUCAAUCUAUACGACAGAGUCGUACGACCUCUUCUUGCACAAUUGCAACAACUUCACCAAUGACUUAUCUAUGUUUCUUGUUGGUAGAGGGAUACCACAACAUAUAACUUCUCUUGCGCAAAGGGUCUUAGAUACGCCUUUUGGUGCUAUGCUAAGACCGCAGCUCGAUCAGGCCAUGCGAGGGAUCACACAGGCACCGACUCCGCAAACUAGCGGUCCACCGGGUGGAACUGGCAGAAUGGCUUCCAAAGACUCUAACACAAAGACUGACCGGCGAAACGUACCAGGUAUUGUCUACAAGCCUACAACGAUUAAAAAACUAGACGAGUUACUCAACUCAGCCAAUGAUAAAUGUGCUGUGAUUUUCUUCACCUCCGCGACUUGUCCACCAUGCAAAGUAGUAUAUCCAGCAUACGACGAGCUAGCUGCUAGUGCAGAAGGCAAGGCAGUGCUCAUCAAGGUUGACCUCAAUGAUGCAUAUGAGAUAGGGCAACGCUAUCAAAUUCGUGCGACGCCUACUUUCUGGACAUUUCUCAAAGGAGAAAAAGAGAAUGAGUGGGCUGGGGCCAAUGAAGCCCAGCUUAGGGGCAAUAUCACUUUAUUGAUCCAAAUGGCCAAUCCUGCUCAUCCGCAUACUCUGCUAAGAGUUCCAACUCUGUCAGGACCCCAUAAGCAACUAGUGACAUAUACCAAAGUACCGCCGCUGGAGAGGCUCAUUAUAAAGCUGGAAUCAUGCGGUCACACUCCCACGAUUCAAUCUCUGAAGAGCUUCAUAUCGAUUCGAGAGAGUGCCGGCGCCGCCGAAGCUACUCUCCCCGAUCUCGCCACAUUUAGUAGCGAUUUGGUGAGCUUGCUGGAGCGCUUGCCUGUUGAGAAACUCUUUCCCUUAGUUGACCUACUCCGGAUUGCUAUCAUCGAUCCUCGCGUAAGCGGUUACUACUCUCGGCACUCUGAUGACACCAUCCUCAAGAUCCUCCAAAAGACCAAUCAGCUUGACAGCAAAUGCCCAUAUCAGCUUUUGAUCGUUACAGUGCACCUAACCUGCAAUCUUUUCAGCUCACCAUUUUUCACGACGAAAAUUCUCAAUGAUGCAAGAUACUCGGAACCGGUUCUACGUUUGGUCACAUCUGCUCUACUCGACAAAUCACACCAGCCUGUCCGCGUGGCUGCCGCGUCAUUAGCAUUCAAUCUUGCAGCAGUAAAUCAUGAUCGGCGGCUGAAUGAUCAGAACGAGUUACUCGCGGAAGACGGGCAAUUCGAACUCAUGGCUAGUCUGCUUGAAGCUCAAGAAAGAGAGAGAGAAAGCAAAGAAAGCCUGCGAGGCUUGUUGCUAGCCAUUGGCCUUUUGAAACAUAUGGCACCUAGGGAAGGUGAGUUGGACAGUCUUUGUAAGGAAGUCGGUGCUAGAGAUAUGGUGAAAGAAUCAAGAGGAGCAUUCAGUGAGCUGCAGGGCUUGAUCGACGAGGUGGAGAAAGUACUGGCGUAG